AGGAAGGAUGCUUUUGACGAAACAUUCACACAACCCGGAGGCUUUUGCUUCUGUCGGACCUUGGCUGGGAUGGACCCCAGCAUGUAAACCGUGCGCGACAGCUUUACACCCAGGUCGAUGCCCACACCGACAUCACCUCUCAUCCUGUACACCAACAAACCAGGACUCCCGCACAAGACAGCCCUGACGCUGCCAUGGACCUGUUUCUGUUUCUGUGCGAUCUAACUCAUCUUGCGCUGGCGGGCGACGUGAUCGCGAACGGGUCCCAACGACCCUACUGAAAUGCGACCAUUUGACCAGACCCAGAUACCAGAAAAGCAGGGUAUAUGUCGCCGACCCAUCAUACCAACUCCAAGCGUGAUGGAAGGAGGAACUGUGUAUACUCGCAGUGGGCAGGUUCUGGUCCUUGGGCACCGCGUUCGAUGUGCUUAUCCCGUAUUCAACAUACGUGUGACCAACCGAGAAGUCGGGAUGGAUUUGGUGGGACAGGAAGGCUCCGGGUCCCUGGGGUUUUGGGUACGUUUAUGCUUCGAUUUACAGCUAAUACAAAAGGGGCCACCAUUUCUUUGUAGAACCCAAAUCCCCGACCGAAGAACAUACUGGCUCUUAGGUGUCCGAGUCGACGUAGCUUUACAGUCCCAUGACCACCACACAUUUACUCCUGCUUUUCUACAACAACCGCCUCUGCAAUGGCUCCCACCAAAAAAAAAAAGAGGAUUGAAGGAAGAUGCACAUGAUCUCAAGGGGGAUUUGAACCUCCCAAAAAACAGGUAUGGCAACAACUAAUACCCCAUCUUAGUUGUAGUAGAUAAUUAGCUAUACAAAAAUGCUAAUAGAGAAGCGACAUCAUGAGACUGAGAGAAAGGACGCUCCAUUCAGUUAAGUUGGUCGGCUCUGAUAUCGAUGUCCUUGGACUAAGAGGAUGCAGCG